CAGAAAGAAAGCCAAAAGGCAGAGAUUGCAAAGAUAAAGCCUUCGUGUGGUUAAGCAGCACACACCAGGUACAACUUUUUCAAAUGACAACAUAUUCAAUAAGCUGAAAAGUAAGCUGCAGGGCACUAAGAAAGAAAGGGUGAAUUGGUGUAAACAUGGGGUAGAGCAUGAUUCAAGGCCAUUGCUGCUGUUCUGUAGAAUGCGAGUUUUUAUUAUUAAACAAGGAUGGAAGUUUUUCUUGCACCAAAGACUUGCCCCUCUGUACUGUCCAAAAGAAUUAAGAACAUAUUGAAACCUGACAAUGAGUAUAAACUGCAACCAAGGUGUCAUGUUGUGCUAUCCUCUCAAGAAACUGCAUCAAGUCGCCGGCAUAUUAUAGUGUGCACUGGUGUGUCAUUGGUCACCACACUGACCUUCAACUAUGGCUUGACACCACCGGUUGUUUGGGCUGAAGAAAAGUCAAAUGGCCAAGAGGAAGAGGAUACAGGAGUUAUAGGGGCCAUCACAUCACUAUUUGAUCCCAAUGAGAAAACUAAGUCUGGUAAACUGUUGCCAAAGGCUUACUUGAAGUCAGCGAGAGAGUUUGUGAAGACACUGCGUGACUCCUUAAAGGAAGACCCAAAAGAUAUUGCUAAGUUUAGACGCACGGCAGAUGCAGCAAAGGAGUCAAUUCGAGAGUAUUUGAGCAAUUGGAGAGGACAACAAACUGUGGUUCAAGAGGAAUCAUAUGUUGUGCUAGAGAAAGCUAUUAGAUCAUUAGCCAGCUUCUACUCGAAGGCCGGCCCAUCUGCUGCUUUGCCAGAAGAGGUUAAGUCCGAGAUAUUAGAUGACCUGAAUGCAGCUGAGGGGUCCUUGUAAGACAUGAGCCUUUUUUUUUUUGGCCAGAUGAAUAUGUAGUAAACAAGAACUGAAGGGUAUCCAGAAUUCUACUUUUAAUAGUUUUUGUGUAUUUAUCUGUUCAAGCAAAAUUAUACUUAUUUGCUAUACUUGGUACUUCGACAAAAUUUGUAUGUGCUGCCUGCCAGGCACUCUUACAAAUUUUCUUUGUUUUUCAAUAUGUUCUUUGGAAGCAGCAAAAACAUGUAAUUGUAGACAUAAUGACCAUGGAAGGAAAGGAAGAGUUCAAGAA